AUGGCUAACCCAGGAGGUUUUCUUGCCCAUUUAAUUAAACUAGUUACUACAAUAAUAUGUCUAAGAUAUGUUAAUGAUAAAAAUUCUAUUAUGAUUGUUCGAGCCUUCCAAAUAUUUCUUAUUCAUUCAAUUUUAGGAAUAGAAUUUUACGAUCGAAUGUCAAAUAUUGUUGAGAUAAUUCCCUUUGCCUUCUUUUCAACAGAAAUAUCUCGUCUUAGUAAUGUUGAUGAAUUAUUACGACACUCAUUACUCCUUGUUCUUAUCCUAUUACCAAUUACCCACGAAAUAAUGCCGAGAAAAGAGCGCCCAAAAUUGCGCGUGCUGAUAAAUCAUUCAAUAAAUUUACAAUUACUUAUUGUAACAAUAGCCUGUCUACAGAGAGGCACUUUUGGUGUUAUUUCUUUUGUCUUAUCUUACAUAUUUAAUCGUUACUACACUGAAUAUUUUUGUGACUUAUUUGAUGUGCCAUAUGAAGACUUAAUACAAUACAGUCUCUGUUUCGUUGAGAUUUUUUCAUUAACUGCUAUACAAGAACUUAUUGGCGAUAAAACAUCUUGUGGCCUGGGAGUUAUCACGUUGAGUAUUUGA